ACAGUCAUUUUUCGGAUGGGGUGUUGUUGUUAGCAGCCACACAGUUUUUUAGUCGAUUGAAAUCAUUAAUUUUAAUAGAAUGCUCUUGUACAAUGCCCCUUAGCAAUUUCUAAUGUUGGGAAUCUUGACCCGAGCUUCCUUUCGAAUUUUCUAUUUAUCAGUUUGCGGACAGUAUAGUUUGGUUAUGCAUGAGGCACGAUUUUUUUAAGAUCUCCGUCAAUUUGUCAGGAUUACGGAAGCUUUGUCUUUUUAAUUUUAUUGCUACUACUACAUGUUUUUUUAUGUUUAAUUUAUUUUCACAGCAAAGGCAACGUUUCUUCCAUGAGUAGUUCCUCUUGUGGUCAUGCUAGCAGUGCUGGAGUUGAUUGCGCGACUUACUAUGCAAAUGUUUUAAAUUCACGCGCGAACAUCAACAUUUGGAAUCUUCGUGAGAAUUAAUCAAGAACUGAGGAAUUAUCAUGGUAUUGGUUGAGCACUACAAUUGAGAGGACCUGGAGCACAAUCCUUGAAAUCUCUGCAUAAAAUAUGGAAUGAAAUCAUUUCAUGGUAAUGCGUUACAUCCUUGCUGUCCGCUCUGCUCCGGUGGAAAUAGCGAAUCAAAAUCUUUCGACUCUCUUCAAUGAGGCCCCUUGAAACGUAAAACCACUCUAAAUGUUCUCAUUUAAUGCAAGCUUUGUCCAUGAUGGUGGUGACAACCGGUAGUCGUUGUGAUCUGCGAAGUUACUGUCAUGGCUCACCUUACAACUCGCUAUCAAGUUACGAGAGCCUCAGAGAUUUACGGAGGAGCAACUGGUGGUGCAUGAGAUACUCAGUAAGACUUUCUGGACCUACGGGAACUGGAAUCUUUCAUGAUAACUUCAUCGAAUUCUUGCACCAAAGGUGUACACCAUGCGCCUCUGGGAGUUGCAUUGGUGUUUCUGCUUCAAAGUUGGGCAUGCCUUGUAGGAAAACGUCGGUUACUUCGAAUCCGAUGGGUAAAUUGGGAAAACGUACUCAAGUAAGUAUACAUAGAUCUCGGGUGAGGUGUUUCGAGUCAGGAAGAGCAAAGGAGAUCGUUGGAGUGGACAUUGGAAGUCGGGAUCGCGGCGCCAAGAAUCCGGAACCCGCUGAAGGAGCCGUGCACCUGAAAGAUACCUUGUCUUUGGGUACAGGACACGUUGGUGAACAAGUAAGUUCAGGGUUGUUCAGGGAGUCACAUGGUAGAGCGCUGGAGAAUGAGAUAUCUAAUUCACAAUAUCAGAGAAUUCAGGAUCUAAGAUUUUCUGGCGAUAUUUGGGAAGGCGACUCAGGAGCUGAGGUCUUAGAUUUACAGACAGCGUUAUACUGGUUCGGUUAUCUUUCAAAGCGUACAGAGCUAACUGCGUACUUUGGACCAGAGACAAAGAGGGCAUUGCAGCAGUUCCAAAUAGCUCAUGGGGUACUAGGCACUGGUGCGUGGGGAUCCUCAUCUCGGCAAGCUUUGUGGAAGCUACUCGGCGAAGAAGGUUUUUUAUUUUAUGGAGGAAGCAGUGUGCAUAGGGACUUGCAGCAACCAGAUUCAUCUUUGGUGGACAAAGUUGAUGUGGGUAGGGCAGACGUUGGCAUACGUAUGUCAGAGCUUCUAGAUAACAUGGGUGAACAAAGUCAAGAAUUCAUUUCAUCUAUAUCCUCUGCUCCAUAUUGGAGACAUUUUCCGACAAAUGUACCUAGAAAUGCUGCAAUGUUUGGACUACUUGUUGGGGUGCUGGUAGCCCUGUUUGGUCUUGGGUACUCUAUUGUAGAAAUGUUUCAUGAGCAACAUGGGCAACCCGUGAGACGAAGGAUAUUAAGAGCACAUUGGCGUGAUGACAUGACCACAAGCUGUACAACCUCUGCAAAUUCUAGAAGACAUCUCGACAUGUUUCCAGGUUUGGAUUUUCCUGUCGAUGGAGAAGAUUUGAAGUAUCGUCUUCGCUCGAAAUCAAAGCCCAAUUCAAUGAAUGGUUCUCGGCGCUCGGAUCGCUUGAUUCUAUAUGAAGGGCUGGUGGUCGUGGGAGAUGAGGCACCGAGUUCUGUGUAUCCUUUUAAGAACAGCUCACCCUCUCGCCGUGGUUCUGGAAGAGCUUCUCAAGCUACCCCUAUGGCUAAGGAUUCUUCAAUUCCUGUAGAUGCUGCAACUGAUCAGAUCAACUACAAACUUGCGAGCGAUGGGAGCAUUUCCGGAUCAAGUGAGGGAAACCUCCAAGAGAGUCACCUCCCUUUCAAGAGAAUAGGCAGUGUACAUGCUGGAAUUGAAGAUCCAAGCAUUACAAGAGCGGAUUCCGAUGCUGUGGCAAGCACAUGUAGAAUGUCCAGUCAGAACUUGCCUCUUCGUUCGAUUCCAAUGGAGCAACCAUCUGAGAAGCAGCCGAACUUCGUUCGCAGCCUCUUCUCCGUCUUUUUCACUCCCAAAGGAUUGGGGAAUGUAUCUGGAUUGGAAAAAUACGGAAGGCCCAGGAAUGCUUCAAUUGCAGCCCAAUUGGACGCUAGGAGCAGCGACAAACAAACUCUUGUUGACUUUGAAGUAGAGUCGAAGAAGUCCAGGAUGGAGGGAAGCUCGAGGCCGGGUGGCAACGGUUGGCAAGAUAAGUAUGAGGAGAGUUUCAAGGAUCGUGUGGACGAUUUGCGGAAAGCAGUGCAGGCCGCAGAAAAGAAUCGACAAGCAGCUAUGCGAGCUUUGGCUGAAGAACGCCAACGUAGUCUUGAGUUGCAAGUUAAAAUAAGUCGGCAGAAAGAAACAGCAGCCGCUCUUGAAGAAGAAGUUCGGGUGUUGAAGGAAUCUCACGAUGCAUUGCUGGCGUCACUGCGGAAGAAGUACAGCUCUUCUGUAGCAGCUCGGGCUGCAGCUGCUCUGCUCUAUCAGAACUGGGAUGCCGAGUAUGAAGAGGGCAGUCCUCAGACCCUAUCCUACUAAUAUCUGCGUUAUGCAGGUUAGUAGGAAGUGAUCACUUAUGGUUACUACACGAUUCUUUUUUUUUUCUUUUUUCUUUUUUACUGUGCAAGAUCAUUAGAUAGAUCUGUCAUUGAGUGCUAUUCAUGUUAGUUUUAUCUAUGACUGGCAUUUUAAUUGUAUGUACCAUAUCCCCAUCUGGGUUUUUCAAAUCAUUUUGUAUCCAAUAUGGCAGUUUUCAGAAUAAGUAAUAGAGUCUGACUCUGGCUCUAAGGAGAAGUCGAAUAAAUAUAUGUUCCAUCCCUUUCUGUGGA